AUGACUAUUAGGCUUUUGGUGAAGAGACUCGCGACGGUGACCGUUUCAAAAACUCCUGGCGGAGAUCAUGCCCCCGGUUAUGUCCUCCGACAAGGUACCACUCGACUCGACCGCUUCUUCACCGCAUUUAGGCAAACGGAGAGCAUGAGAGACCGUUACAACGAGCAAGGUUCAAACGACGAUAGGUCCACAGCGAGUUACGUGUCGGAGAAGGCAAAGGAAGGGGUGAAGAAAGCGACGGAUGCAGCCGUGAACGCCGGAGAUAACAUGAAGGACGCAAUGGACGGCGCCUGGAAAGCGGCGAAGGAAACGGGUCAGAACAUCAGUGAAGCGGUUGCGGGAGAUGAUGACAGCGAUAGGAUUCAAGAGGACAAGGUCGCGGUGGAGCUGAAGGAUGUGGGUCAGCCUGUCGACACGACGGAGUAUAGAGGUGUGGAGGAGCUACAACAACAAACCGGCGGAGAAAAUAAGUCGCCGUGA